AUGUUGAAAACUAAUGAAAGAUUAAGUGUUUGUGUCUACUGUGGUUCUAGUUUUGGAAACAGAGAUGACUAUUCAAAUAAUGCAGAAGCUCUUGGAGAAUUGUUCCAUCAAUUAAAAUGGCGUUUAGUUUAUGGUGGUGGAUCUACUGGGUUGAUGGGGUGCAUUGCUAAGGCUACAAUGGGUCCUCAAUUGGAUGGUAAUGUUCUUGGAAUAAUUCCUGAUGCAUUGAUUUCUAAAGAAAGAGAUCAAGGAAAUGUGGAUGAAUUGAAUAAGAAAAUAAAAAACAAUGUUGAAAACCAUAAAGGAUCCACACCUAUUUCUUCUGAAUAUGGUGAAACCAUUGUUGUUCGUGAUAUGCAUACACGUAAAAGAUUAAUGGCCAAUGAAAGUGAUUCGUUUGUUGCAAUGCCUGGUGGGUUUGGUACAUUAGAAGAAAUAAUGGAAUGUAUUACAUGGUCUCAAUUGGGGAUUCAUAGUAAACCAAUUAUUUUAUUUAAUAUGGAUGGAUUUUAUGAUUCAUUAUUAUUAUUUUUAAAACAUUCUAUUGAUCAGGGCUUUAUUAGUGAGACAAAUGGCAAUAUUGUUCAGGUAGCCACAACACCUGAAGAAGUAAUUGAAAAAAUUAAAAAUUAUAAUCCACCUGAAGGUAGAUUUAAUUUGAAUUGGUCUGAUGAGCAUGAUCAUCAAAACUAA